AGCCCGCCUUCCUGCUCCGGUGGCGGCCGAGGAGCGAGGGGACCCCCGGGAACAGCGGGACCCCCGGAGCAGCGGGACCCCCGUGCACAGAGGGACCCCCGGGAGCAGCGGGACCCGGGCUGCCGGUGCUGCGGGCAGCAUGGCGCAGUGGCAGGAGGUGCAGAGCUUGGCCAACACUUACCUGGAGCAGGUGCACCAGCUGUACGCGGGCUCGGCGCUGCCCAUGGCCGUGCGCCAGUCCUUGGCCGCCUGGAUCGAGACCCAGAACUGGCGCCAGGCGGCGGAGCCGCUCUGCUCGCAGGCGCGGAUGCUCUUCCACUCCUUACUGGUGGUACUGGGAGAGCGCCUGGGCAGCCUGGGCUCGGACCGCGAGGAUUUCAUGCUGAAGCACAACCUGCGCAAGGCUCACCGCGACCUCCAGGCGGAGUUCGAGGAGGAGCCGGAGAGGUUCGCCAACCUGGUGGACAACCUGCUGCAGGAGGAGCGGCGGAUCCUGCGCCUUGGGCAGGCCGGGGGGCAGGGGGGCUCGGCCCCCGCGCCCAGCCCGGCCCCGGAGAGCGGCCGGGAGCAGCAGAUCCAGCGGCGCUUGGCCGAGUUCCACACGGCCCUGCAGGAAGCCGAACGAGCCUUCAGGCACCUGGAGGACUUGCAGGACGCCUUUGACUUCUGCUACAAGGUGCACUACCAGCCAGGUGAGGAGAGGAAUGGAGACCCCGAGUACAUCCAGGAGCUCCAAUCCCUCCAGGCCAAACUGCAGAACCUGGACCGGCAGCGCCGGGAGGUGCUGGCUCAGAUGCAGCAGCUUUUGGGGCGCAGCGAGACCCUGCAGGAGCUGCUGCAGCAGGAGCUGGGGGGCUGGCGGGUGCGGCAGCAGCACCUGUGCCUGGGGGGCACCGCCGACACCAACCUGCGCCCGCUGGAGACCUGGUUCACGGAGCUGGGCCAGGGGUUGUUCCAGCUGCGGCAGCUGCUGCGGGCGCUGGGGGAGCUGCGACAAAAGGUGACGUACGCCAGGGACCCGCUGGUGGCAGAGACGCCCCUGCUGGAGCAGCGGCUGCAGGAGCAGCUCACGCACCUGCUGAGGAGCGCCUUCGUGGUGGAGCAGCAGCCCAGCACGCCCAACGCCGGCAAGCGGCCGCUGGUGCUGCGCACGGCCGGCAAGUUCUCGACGCGCGCGCGGCUGCUGGUGCGGCUGCACGACCGCAACCGCGGCAUGGAGGCCAGGAUCCACAUCGACAGGGACCCUCCCAACAUCAAAGGGUUCCGCCGCUUCAACAUCCUGACCUCGAGCAGCAAAACGCUGCUGGCCGGGGACAGCCCCCAGGAGGGGCUGCUCUGCGACUUCCAGUACCUCACGCUGAAGGAGCAGAAGGAGAGCAGGGCUGGCAAGGGCAAAGGUGCCAGCGGCGAGGGUCCCCUGGUGGUGACGGAGGAGCUGCACCUCAUCACCUUCACGCUGGCUUACGCCUACUGCGGGCUGGAGCUGGAGCUCGAGGCCACCACGCUGCCCUUUGUCAUCAUCUCCAACAACAACCAGUUCUCCAGCGCCUGGGCCUCCAUCCUGUGGUUCAACAUGCUCAGCUCGGACCCCAAGGCCCAGCAGUUCUUCUCGUCCCCGCCGCCAGCCCCGUGGCCCCGGCUGGCCGAGGUGCUGAGCUGGCAGUUCCAGAGCGUGGCCGAGCGCGGCCUCAGCCGGGACAACCUCCUGAUGCUGGCCAAGAAACUGCUGGGCUCGAAGCCGUCCCUGGACAGCGCCGUGGCCUGGCCCAAGUUCUCAAAGGACGGCCCCUCCGGUUUCUCCUUCUGGGCCUGGCUGGACGGGAUCCUGGGGCUGAUCCAGGAGCACCUCAAGCAGCUCUGGAAGAACGGACUCAUCCUGGGCUUCGUGAGCCACAAGCAGGCCGAGAAGCUGCUCAAGUCCAGGAGGACGGGGACGUUCCUGCUGCGCUUCAGCGAGAGCGUCCUGGGGGGUGUCACCUUCACGUGGGUGGAGCACCACGAGACAGAGUCCCCCACCUUCCACGCCGUGGAACCCUACACAGCCUCGGAGCUGGUGUCGCUGGCCCUGCCCGACAUCAUCCGUGACUACCACAUGAGCCUGGAGGAGAAGAACCCAGAAAACCCCCUCAAGUUCCUGUACCCCAGCACCCCCCGGGACGAGGCUUUCGGGCCCUUCUACAGCCAGAGGCUGGAGGGGAGCCUGAGUGAGUCCCAGAAGUACCUGAACCGGCGCCUCAUCCGCGUGUCCUCCAGGCCCCCCAGCAAGCAGCAGACAGAGGAGGAGCUGGCGGUGGCCACGGAGAACCUGGAGACGCUGCGGCUGCAGCCCCGGGGGCAGGGGACACCGGGGGGCCUGGGGACACCGGGGGGCCUGGGGACACCGCAGGGCCUGGGCACACCGCAGGGCUUGGGGACACCGGGGGGCCUGGGGACACCGGGGGGCCUGGGGACACCGCAGGGGGGUGGCCACUAG